AUGGCUCCUCCCCCGCCCGCUACCCUGCCGUUGGCAGAGCGGCUCAAGAUGCUGGCCCAGACACUACAGUUCGCCUGGUUUAUAGGUCAUUUUACGUUGAUUCUGGCGGUGUUCCGCUACGUCCUGGCCUGCGUCACGUUUAGGACCUACACCACCUUCGCCCAGGCAUCGUACCGUUUCGCCUUCGUUGCGGCGGCCGCUACCUACGGAAUUGUCGUCUACAAGGGAUACGUCGCCCGUGGCCGUCUGGGAGGAAACAUUCCAAAUGAUAUCAUAAAGCUGGCUGGAGACGAGAACGUACAGUAUCUCGGAAUGGCCCUUGUAUGGCUGUGUUCGCGACAGCUGCUUUUCGCUCUGCUUCCGUUCGCCAUCUACUCGUUCUUCCACGUCGCCACAUAUACCCGAACAUACCUGAUCCCCACCUUCCAGCCUUCUCCCGAUGCUGGCCCGGCCUCCCCCUCCGGCAGACCAGCAGCCGGCAAGUCGUCUCCCCUCGCCGACAAGAUCGGCCGCUUCGUCAAAACCUACUAUGACACCAGCAUGGCCAUGGUCGCCGCUCUCGAGCUAUCCCUCUUGAUCCGCCUGAUUUUCACCGCCCUCACCUUCUCCAGCGGUAGCUGGCUCCUGCUCGUCAUUUACUUCUGGUUCUUCCGCUCCCGCUACACCCAGAGCUCCUUUGUCCAGGCCGUCGUCGUCCACUCGACGGCCAGAAUUGACGCCACGCUUUCUCACCAGAGUACCCCUCCGGCCGUCCGUCAGGGAUGGGAGGUUGUCAAGAACGCAGUCCGAAAGCUGUACAACGUCACUGAUCUCAAGCCGUACCUUGCUCGUUUCCAGCAGCAGGCUCCCGGCAAGAAGCCGCAGUAG